AUGAAGAAGAGGCUGGAUCCAUACAAUAUACUCGGAGUGAAACGGACAUCCACGGAUGUGGAGAUAACAAGGGCAUACAGGAGACUGCAGAGAAUCUACCAUCCCGACAGCAGAACGGGGGACAGGGAGAUGUAUGAGGAGGUGCGUAGAGCAUAUGAAGAGAUCUGCAAAAGCCCGGCCGUGGAGAUUGUCCCUGUUGAGGACGUAAGAAGGAUGUACAAGGGCUCUGAGGAGGAGGCCAAGGACAUUGCCGGGCUUUACAACAGACACAGGGGAAGGAUGGGAAGAAUUCUGGACGGCCUUCUUCUGUCUGAUGAUGGGGACGAGGAUAGAGUCCGGGAGAUUAUUGACAGACUUAUCGGGUGCGGGGCUCUCAAGCAAUACAGCAGCUACGGGAAGAGGGUUUCUGAAGACAAGGCAAGGGGAAGGAGAAAGGCAAGGGAGGAAAGGAUGGCCAAGAAGAUUGCAGGGGAGAUGGGAAUAGAUUUAGAUGUGCCGCUAGAGGACCUGCUUGGAAGGAGGAAGGGGAGAGAUGCAAAGUUUCUUGAGAGUCUCGAGGAAAAGUAUCUUGGGGGAUGCAGGGAGGAAGAGAGGUAG